CCGCUGGCAGCGUAGGUUCUGGAGCUGUGUGGCUCUGCAGACAGCGAGGCUGCAAAGCUCCAAUGCAUAAAUAUCACCUGCUCUUACCACGCGGCGGCAGCUCGUUACAGCAAGUGUAAAGCAUAUUACGAGACUUUCAGUACGUGUAGUUGAACUUACCUAGUGGCGUCACGUCAAGGGGCGCGGACAAUACUGUGAAAUUUCUGACGCACUGCUUUGAAAACAAAGAGGCAACUUUGUGUUAUUGGUUUUUUAACAUAGAAUAUACUUUAUUCAGUCCAGUGAUCUCGUGUUUACAUGUAAUUGUUAGUACAGUGUUUAAAUGGGGGGACAGACUGUGUGACUUGGCCGACAUUUCUGUGUUCUGUAAAGAGUGGAGGAUUAUAUAAUUGAUUUUAUGAAGUCUUGGCUUAUUAGUCAUACCGCUAGAAGAACGGGAAAUGCUACGGAACGAACCUUUCUCCAAGACGUUGCCCCAUUAGAUUGGUUAUAUCUCUACUUGUGUAUAGUGAAGUAACAAGUUUUAUAAGUGAUAAAAACGAGUGUUAUAAAGCGAGAGACAUAAUUUGUGUUGUGUGUCAGUGAUCUAUGUUGUUACCCUGAAAAGGAUUAAUCAGUACAGAAAGUGCAUGUCUUGUUAACUAGUUUUUGGUGGACCGAUUAUACCCUACCCUGAAGAAAAUCUGUUUUUCCUGACAAGAGACCCCGAUGGAGAAACAGCUUGGGUCAAUAAAUUCUCUUUUGAGAUGGUUAAUGUUUGGAGCCUAUUGACCCCCAUUAGAAGACGCUGCGUAGUGGUAUAAUGGGAAAGAAAAAAAGAUUUAUAUUCGUGAUCUCAUCUGUAUGCUUUAUAGCGUAAAUAUGAAGAGGUGUUUAACAUUUAAAAUUCGUGCUAAUAUAGUCAUACAUCAGUGUUGGUUCAUGCAUGCCUUCCGCAAUUACAAAGUUCAAACAUGUUUCAUUUCUUUCCCUCUCACCGUUUGAGGUGAAUGAAUUCAUGUUUGGGAUUCGUGACUGGAGAUCAUUCUUACUCCUCCCAGCAUGCAACAACCACAACAAACAAAACAGCAUCAACAACCGCAGCAGAAACAACAGCAACGUGACGGCGCCGUGAUUAACAGUGUGAACAAUCACGCGAACAUUGUUGCUAAGAGCAACAAGAACAUUCACAACAAUACAGUGCGGGGCCGUAACAAUGGAGGUAGCCGCACUAGUAGUGAGAGUAGUAACAGUGACGUCAUUAACAAUGAAGGCAGCCCAAUGGGGAGCCCGUCUGAAGGGGCUGUGUCCUCACCAGCGUCGAGUGACGUUACUUUACUAAGAGCGACGCCCACAGUGAUAUCGACAAUGGACUCUAAGAGACAUUAUACUGGAGUGACAGCUACAGUCGGCGUCGUUUCUCCAACGGACGGCACUAUUUCGACGUCGUCCGCCAUAAACUCGUGGCACCCACACGUGUACGCCAAACCGCCGAAAGCUCCAACUCCACACUUCAUAUCCGACAUCAUGGGCUGGAGCUCCCGCAAGCCCAGUAACAAUAAUAACAAUGUUAAUAUGAGGAACAAGAAGCCGUCCCCGCCUGUAUUGGUCGCCCCGACGCCCAUAAGAGCGACGCCUCCGCCGCUGAUAUCGCGAAGAGCAUCGCCCGGCUCUGUCCCACACCCACCCCCUUCGCUCUCCGCUGAGGACGAAGACGAUGAGCUCAGUAACGAACCACUCAACUUGACAACAAAGAGCCGAGACGCUUCUCCGACGUCGUCGAUAGGUUCCAUGAUGGGCGUCAGAACACUUACUCCACCGAUGCCGCCGCAACACAUUGGGAAAGGAACCCCGAACCAUCUUCAUCAUAGACCUCCUCCUUUUCGAGAACCUUCUAUUAAUGGUGUAGACUGUACACGUGGUGUCGUUACUAUGAACGGACGCCCUCCGUCGGACGUGACGUCGUCUUCUCCCGUAGCCGCAACUGCUGUCGGCAAGAGCGGGCACACAAUCAGCCGCAACAAAGAUGGAACGCCUGUGUCGAAGCCCCCGGCGAAACGCAAGAAGGAACCCACAACACCAAAGCAACAGCCCCCACAGCAGAACACGACGUCCCCCAGCAUUGUGUCUGAUACACAAAGUGGCGCUCUCAGUGACGGGGGUCACGGCUCUGACGGCGAGCGCAAGCGGAAGAAGGCGCGGACCACGUUCACCGGCCGCCAGAUCUUCGAGCUAGAGAAGCAGUUCGAGCUGAAGAAGUACCUAUCGUCAUCGGAGCGGGCGGAGAUGGCGAAACUGCUCAACGUCACCGAGACGCAGGUGAAGAUCUGGUUCCAAAACCGUCGCACCAAGUGGAAGAAGCAGGAUAACAUUAGCAACGCAGAGGCCGCGGAGCACAAGAACCAGUCCGGGGGCAAGCAGGAGACUAAGCAUCAUGCCAAGGAUGGGGCCAGCAAGAACACGGCUGUGUCACAAGCCUGCUCGCCCGCCAAAACGUCGAUAGUGCCAUCCCCCGUAACUGUGCCACAGGUGCCAUCAUCAGUGACAUCCGUGACUAAAGUGAACAACGGAAUAAAUUUAGUGAAACCUCCCACACUUGGGGUGGACCCAACGCCCGUCGCCGUGGGGCCCAUAACCCCAUUGGCUUCCCCCAGUAGUGCCGAAGAACAUUCGAACGCUUCCCUCUUCACAGCGGAUGGCUCCGUAUCGGAAGGUUGCUUCUCAGAAUCGGACUCAAUGAGACAACAAGUAUUGACAGUAGCGACAAAUCUUACAGUGAACGUAGCGGCAAGUGAGCGAACUACAAGUAGGUCUCCUACAUCGUCGCCGGCGUCAUCUUGUACAGGCACAAAGACUCCAAACAAUGUCACCAGCAUGAAUCCAUGCAGUGCCCUACAAAGCCCGCCAGCACCUACUAGCGAUCCAAACGCUGCAGUUGUUGGAACUGCGAACCUUUCCACGGAAAGUGAACAGCGUACUGUGUCUCCAUCUAGCUAACUAGUGGCGAAACGACGCCGGGGACAGGGAAACUUCAAUGCAUUGUGUCAUUCGAGGGAAACUUAAAACAAAAAACAAAAUAUUUAGUCCACUUGCAACUAUGACGAAAGAGCCAGUGAUACCGUCAGAUUUUGUGCUAACUUUGACAGGUAGUACUGUUUCUUGUACAGAAAUAUAGAAUACACAUCAAGUCUCGUCAGAUAGUUUUAUUUGUUGAAAAUUGUGCCAUACAUCUGUUACUUUUUAGUAAGUAAUUACGUGCAAAGAUAAUUUAAUAUAAACCGGAAGUGAAUACUUUAAUUUAUCAGUAGAGCUUUGUUGUAUCCAUCGUCAUAAAUAAGUAAGCGCCCCAAAAUUAGACAACAAAUAGUAUACAGUUCAGCAGUAACUGUACUGAAAUCUGUAAUCAUUACAUAAAUUAAUUCAAGUUACAAGUUCAAAGUGCUUUUUUAAUUUUUUAGUCAUAAUUUUGAAUUCAGUUAUAGUCUGUGCCUCUUUUUUUUUUUACUGCGUCUUCACUGUGGAGUCGUCUUUGGGGGAGUUCCAGUUUACUGUCAAGUAGAAGAGAUUCAACUUCAGGAGAUAUUUCUGUUUAGAUGGUUCUCAUAGCAUAACAAAAGACUAUCAAGCAAUAGUUCAGUUGUGUACCUUAAGAAGUGAAGAGAAAAAUUCUGACAGGCCUUUGUCUGGUGAUGCAGUAGUGUACAUUACUAAGGAGUGGAUGUUUUGAACUGUGUUUGUGUUCGGAAUGUUCUCAUAACUUAGAAAAAGAAAUUCAUUUUAAUUUCUCGUCUUUCUAUAAAUACGUCGCUUUUUAAGUUUUACUCUAAUGACACCACUUUGUCAUUUAGGCUGUGUCUAAAAUAAGAUAUUUAACCCUUUGAAGCAUCAAAUUCUUGUAAAUUAGACAGUAUCUUCAAUUUAUGACGCUGCGAACGUACCUGGGAAGCCAUCCGGCCGACACUGGUUCGGGGAACCUUAUGAUAGGUUUUACGGCGACUUAUAAUGAAAACGCUGUAUUCUGAAAUUUACUCGUAGUUCCUACCGCACACGAAACACAUGCCUCUGCAUCGGAAAAAACCAACCUGUUAAUGCUGUUUAAGGACAUAAUCUUUAUUUAGUAUGAACAUUAUAGCAAAUGUUUUGGGGGCAAAAUGCAAACAUUCUAAUGUUAAAACAGGUGGUACAUAUAGUUACCACUUUGCUUGAAAGGGUUAAUAUGUUUUUUGUUUUAUUCUUUACU